AUGGGCAAUCCUCCCCUCGUUCGUCGGGGCUCUUCCACCAGCCAUCUUCCACAACCGCUUACGUCGGUGACUUCGAACUCGAUCAAAUCUCCGCCGCCGCCCACGACUACGACGAUAGCUUCUUCAGAUGACGUUCCUCCUGUGCACCCGUCUCUCCUCCAGCCUCGCGUAGCUGUCGUUCUCAAUGUUCCUACACCAUGGCAUCCUUGGCUCUUUGCUCUACGGCUGUUCUCCAUCCUGCCAGCGCUGUGGUGGGGCCUGCCUUCUGCUGUUCAGCUGCUAUUACGAAUCCUGCCAGGGCCAGAAAUAGUCGUUGUUGUGCCCUCGACGACAGGAGGAUCUGUGGCUAUGAGUGUCGAGCAAGAUGCGCGGCUCAUCAACUACACUCCUCAAGCGACCAUGAUCCGACUUCUCACAACAAACAUCUGCAACGCCUAUCUUACCCAGGUCGUUCUCUCCGCCGCAGGUGGUUUUGAAGAUCCUCGCCUCUUCCUCCCAGGCUGGAUUGGUAUAGCUACUACUCUCACCGUCAUGUACCACAUCACCCACCAGAAGAUCAAUAUCCGCAAGGAGACGUCGACAUCCAUCAACGUAUUUUCCAUAGCCAGUUUCUUUAGUAUGGUGACUCUGCUGGCGCAUAUGCACCAGUUCACGCCCGAAUACCCCCAGAUGCCGAUAGUAACCAACGGACGGCGCGCAUGGGAUGAGGCAUCGCGCGUUGUCGCUCAGGUCAGGGGGAGCGUCGAACAACACGGCGACUUGUAGCACAUGCCACGCUAGGUGUAUCUGCGCUCUUGUGCAGCCAGCAGCACUCUACUUACAGAGGCAACAUGGCGCAUAAACGAUUGAUUUGUAGCCACUAUUGUAUGCCUUUUCUUUGUACUAUCUACAUCCGAUUGGACUAUUCGCACCCGCUGCUGUUUGGGCUUUGAUAUGCAGCUCUUUGUUUACGUGGCGCUGGCGACCUGUGAUUCAAAAAAAAGUCAUGAGAAAAGCAAUUGGAGUUUCAUUUAUCAGAGCCCAGUUGUCCCACCUGUCAAGGUGGAACCUUGACGUCAAAUGCGACGUAAACCAGGAUACAAUCAAAUUCACAUUAAAUUUGAGACACGUUCGAAUUCGGAAUCGACAUUGUAUUUGCCUGAGACUACUGCGGGGCUUGCCCAUGUAGACAUAUCUGACUAACGAGUGACUGACAAGCCGUUUGAUAAACAUAUGCUUUGCCCGUAGCUCCGUCCUCGUACACAUGAUCGAGGUAGAUGUCGAUAACGGUUUCUCUACCCGCAUCAAAACGUGCUGCAUAGAAUAAUACUCUUCCAAAAAGCCACCAGGAGCGAAAGCUCGCCCUGAGUGGAUGCCCGUCGUCCUAGAGUAAUCGGAGCCGAGCCUCGGUGUGUCUGUUGCAAGAGCAAGAGAACACGUCCGGAAAAGGCACAAGCCGAGGUGGCCAUGCAUCCCUGUCCCUCUACGUCAAGACGCCCGGGAACGGCGACUGACAGGACGACGGGGCAUGCAGAGCUUUAGAAACCGUGGACCUUGAUGGUCUUGGCAUCUAGCUCGAGGCCUUCCUUCUUGUCACAAAGAAAAUCCUGAACAUCUUUACGCUGAUCACCCUGGAGCUGGAUCA